UAAAACCUCCAUUGCAAAAUCCUGCAACUUGCGAGGGAAAACACACGCACAUAAAAACAAAAGAGACGCCCGUUCGUAGCGGAGCGAAGCGGUCGGAGCCGCCGCUUCCCGCCGUCACGAGCUUCCCCCACUCCAAGCUCUUUCCGUCUCUCCGGCGAAUUCCCUCCCGUCCUCCUCCGUGAACGCGGACCCGUUCGAUUCUUUCUCAUGCAAUCCCCUCUCCACACGGCGCCCCAUCCACGCCACCCCCGUCUUCUUCCUCGCCGGCGCCAUGAACCCCGAACGCCCGUUUCGAGAAAACCCAGAACCGCCGUCGUCGCCUCCCUGAGGACCCCGCUCCACUCCGGCCCGGAGGAGGAUGAACUCCGCGGAGACGGCGGCGGCGGCUUCGGACCCACUUCUUCACCCGUGGCGGCGGCGGCGAAGCUCCCCGUGGUGGUUAGGGAGUCCGGGAAGGUGUCGAGGUACGUCUGGGAUGGGGAUUGCCUGCGGCUGGUGAGCGUCGACGGCGGGGCGGCGUCGCUCGGCCUCGGUUUCGACGGCGGGGCUCGGAAGCUGGGGAGGGCCUGCGGGGUGCUCGUGAGGGAUUUCUUCAUCCCGAAGCGAGUGGGCGCGGGGUACAUGGGCUAUGUCAAGUGGAAGCUCUUGCACCGCGUCUUCAGCUCGGCUCUUCAGGUUCUUGCUACUCAGGCGAUGUUCCGAGCUAUAGGGAUUGGAUACUCUCGAUCACUGCCCUCGGCUGCUGCAUUCAAUUGGGUCUUGAAAGAUGGACUCGGACGGCUGAGUAGGUGCAUUUACACUGCUAGCCUGGCAUCUGCUUUUGAUACCAACUUGAAGAGGGUUCGGUUCUCAACAUCCGUUAUCUUCAGUUUGAGUUUUGGUGUGGAGCUGCUGACUCCUGUAUUCCCGCAAUACUUCCUGCUUCUUGCAUCCAUAGCCAACAUUGCAAAACAAAUCAGCCUCGCAUGCUAUUUGGCCACUGGUUCUGCUGUUCAUCGGAGCUUUGCUGUAGCUGAUAACCUUGGUGAAGUUUCUGCAAAAGCGCAGAUUCAAACAGUGUGCUUUGAUAAUCUUGGCCUUAUGCUUGCUGCACUUCUUAACAUGUCAUUCAAGAACAAUCAAAGAUUACUUGCAGCUUUACCUUUUGUGGUAUACCCUAUCUUCGCAGCACUAGACCUUUUGGGAAUAUAUCAGGGACUCAAGCAUGUCCACCUGCAAACACUAACUAAGGACAGGCUUGAGAUCAUCUUAAAUACAUGGAUCGAGUCUGGGUACGUACCUUUGCCUGCUGAAGUAAGCAAAAAGGAGGGAAUUGACAUAUUUAAUACAAAAAGCAAAGACUUUUGGCCCAUAAGAAUAGGGAUCUUGAGCACCAAGGUUCAGAUUCCCAAGUUGUCAUUGAUGGUCAUGAAAUCUGUGAAUAGCAAAGAUUAUUACUUCAUCUGCUUGGAGACCUUUGGAGGAUUGGCAAGAAAUGCAGAACGAAAUAUCCUGCUUUGUCUAAGAGAAGGAGCUGGCACUUCAGAUGUUAUCAUGGGUCUUUUGCAGGCAUGUUACAUCCGCAAGGCCCUAAUUCCGAAUAAGAACCAAUGGGAGAAGAUUUUAAGGGCCAGCGAUGUCUCUGAUUCUGGUUUCAAGGAGUGGUUUAGGUUGGCCGAGGACAGCAAGCAGCGUGCUGAAAGAAGUGUUCGCACAGUGACUGACCAAAUCGCAGCAAUGGGUUGGGCUGCUAAGAAUAUUUUAUUGAGCACAAGGGAGCAGGCUCGGUACAGCUUUAUAGAUGACUGAAGACGUCGGGUGGCACCUUACGGAGUUGCAGCCGGUGUCUCCCUCUGAUAGAGAUAUUUUGGAAAUGGGAAGCAUAGGCUGUUUCUUUUCUGUGUUUUUUUUGGUUGGGCCAUGGCAGGAUUGGCUGUUGCAUUAGGGUUUUAUGUUAUGGAUGAAGAAAUGUAAGAUAAGUCCUCUCUCUCUCUCUCUCUCUCUCUCUCUCUCUCUCUCUGUUGUAGUGUUUCUUCAUUGAGGCAAAGUGGUAAUUGGGAUGUUCUCAAUCAAAUGUGCAUAUGUUACAAUAGUGAAUUAUGGA